AUGAUUUUUUUUCAAGUGACAAAGGACAAGUUCAUAGAAGAGUUGGAAAUUCAAGCCGACAAAUCUCCAAAUGCUACAAUCACCGCAAAACUCAAGCAACUUUUUGUGGAGUGGUGCGAAGAUGAUACAGAUCCAGAAAGUUCCUCUGCAGAAGUUGUCCACCCAGAUCAAGCAUCCAGUGCAAGUCCUUCCACAACAUCCAUCACAGAAGAAGCUCCCCUCCCUUCAUCCUCUGUGACCCCUUCUCCAGAAGCUUCUGCACCAGAAGCUGCACCGAUAAAUGAAAGUCCUCCAGUUUCAUCCUCCAAUGAAGCUCAAGAACCUAAUAUAGAUUCUGCAUCUCCACCUCAUCUUCAAAAUGCACAGGAAACUGUGCCCUCUGUUCCACCACAUCACGUUUCUAAGUGGACCCAAAGCCAUCCCCAAUCUCAAAUCAUAGGGGAACCUUCUGCUGGUGUUAGAACACGAGCAACGACGAAUUUCUGCUUAUUUACUAGUUAUCAAGCAGUUGAUACAGCUUCAGCCCACAGAUACACAGGUAACCUAAAGUAA